AUGGAUUACUUGCCAAAGACCAGUAUGGUGUCGUCGCCGGAGGGGGCAAAGGUGCUGGACGCGUACAAGAAGGCCCUCGCGACAGCGGCCUCGGUGACCGCGUACGCCAUGCUUGCGCGCGGCAUGGCGCGGGAGCUCCUCCCCGACGAGUUGCGCGCCGCGGUGAGCUGGGGCACGGCGCUGUUGCGCUCCCGCCUCGGCGCCCGCGAGAAGGAGCGCCGCACAAUCGUGAUCCGGCGCCAGCUCGGCAACAGCGCGUACGGCGGCGAGAACGACCUGUUCGACGCGUCGCUCACGUACCUAGCUACCAAGAUCGACCCGCACACGAUGCGCCGGCUCUGCCUCGAGCAGUCUCGCAAGAAGGAGCACGACGGGAGCAGCAGCUGGAGCACGCUCCUGUGUAUGGAGCACGGAGGCUCCACCACCGACGCCUUCGACGGCGUUGAGUUCCAUUGGACGUCCGUCGAGAGCGGCAGUGAUGGCAACAACAACAACAGGGGCAAGGAAUCCCUGGAGCUCAGCUUCGACGUGGAGCACACGGAAACCGCGCUCGACAAGUAUGUGCCCUUCAUUAUGUCCACGGCGGAGGAGCUGCGGCUACGGGACCGCGCCCUCAAGAUCUUCCUCAACCAGGGUUCUGGUUGGAAAGGCAUCAACCACCACCACCCUGCCACGUUCGAGACGCUCGCCAUGGAUCCGUCCAUGAAGCAGUCGGUCAUCGCAGACCUCGACCGGUUCCUCAAGAGGAAGGAGUACUACCGGCGGAUCGGAAAGGCGUGGAAGCGCGGCUACCUUCUCUACGGCCCGCCUGGCACCGGCAAGUCCAGCCUGGUCGCCGCCAUGGCCAACUAUCUCCGGUUCAACCUCUACGACCUCGAUCUCUCCGGGGUGUACGACAACUCGUGCCUGCAGAGGCUCCUCAUCGACAUGCCCAACAAGUCCAUCCUCGUCAUAGAGGAUAUUGACUGCAGCUUCGACACCAUGUCAAGGGAACCCCGCAAGGCGCCUGGGGCGGGAGACACCUACUACUCGGAGGAGGAGGAGGAGGACCACGAGGAGUACGAGCGCCGAGCAGGAGGAGGUUACCAGCAGGAGCGCAAGAUCACGCUCUCAGGCCUGCUCAACUUCAUCGACGGGCUGUGGUCCACCAGCGGCGAGGAGCGCAUCAUCGUCUUCACCACAAACUACAAGGACCGUCUCGACCGGGCGCUGCUAAGGCCGGGCCGCAUGGACAUGCACGUCUACAUGGGCCACUGCGGAUGGGAGGCGUUCAAGACGCUGGCCCGGAACUACCACCUCGUCGACGACCACGCUCUCUUCCCGGAGAUACAAGCUUUACUUGCGGUGGUGGAGGUGACGCCGGCCGAGGUGUCCGAGAUGCUCUUGCGGAGCGAAGAUGUCGAUGCUGCCCUAGGGGUGCUCAUGGAAUUCCUCCAAGGAAAGAGACGCAGAGGAAGAAAAGAGGUGCACAAGGAGGAUCCAAGGAAGAACUUUGUGAUAUGGUUGAAACCAAGAAAACAUUGGAGGCCGAGGGGAGAGAGGAGAAGGCGGCAAGACACCGGCAACACGAAGCGACGGAAACUGAAGCAAAUUAGGGUAGCCAUGGAUUACUUGCCAUCGCCAUUGGCGGGUAUGGCGUCGUCGGCGGAGGGGGCAAAGGUUCUGAACGCGUACAAGGAGGCGCUCGCCACUGCAGCCUCGGUGAGCGCUUACGCCAUGCUUGCGCGCGGCAUGGCGCGGGAGCUCGUCCCCGAGGAGCUGCGGGCGGCGGUGCGCUGGGGCGCGUCCUUCGUGCGCUCCCGCCUCGGCACCCGCGAGAAGGAGCGCCACACCAUCAUCAUCCGCCGCACGGUGGACAAGAACCACUGCGCCCCGUUCGACGACGGGUCCAGCCUCUUCGAGGCGGCGCGCACGUACCUCGCCAGCAAGAUCAAUCCGCGCGCCGUGCCCCGGCUCCGCCUCUCGCGCUCCCCCCUCAUUGAGCCCGACGGGACCUGCAGCUGGCGCACGCUCCUGAGCAUGGAGGAUGGGGGCUCAACCACAGACGUGUUCGAAGGCGUUGAGUUCUGCUGGAUGUACAUGGACGCUGGCGGCGACAACGGCAAUAGGGGCCAGGGCGGCAGCGAGUCCUUGGAGCUCAGCUUUGACGCGGAGCACGCGGAUAUCGCGCUCGAGAAGUACGUGCCCUUCAUCAUGUCCGCGGCGGAGGAACUGCGACGGCAGGACCGCGCGCUCAAGAUCUUCUUGAACGACGGGGGGGCGUGGCAAGGCAUCAACCACCACCACCCAGCCACGUUCGACGCGCUCGCCAUGGACUCGGAACUCAAGCAGUCCGUCCUCGACGACCUCGACCGGUUCCUGCAGAGGAAAGAGUACUACCAGCGGAUCGGCAAGGCGUGGAAGCGCGGUUACCUGCUCUACGGCCCCCCGGGCACCGGCAAGUCAAGCCUGGUCGCCGCCAUGGCGAACUACCUCCGUUUCAACCUCUACGACCUCGAUCUCUCUGGGGUGUUCAGCAACUCGUACCUGCAGAGGCUCCUCAUCGACAUGCCCAACAAGUCCAUCCUCGUCAUCGAGGAUAUUGACUGCUGCUUCGACACCAUGUCGAGGGAAGGUCGCAAUGAGGACACGUACGAUAACUACAACACGGGAGGUUACCAGCAGGAACGCAAGAUAACACUGUCGGGCCUGCUCAACUUCAUCGACGGGCUGUGGUCGACAACCGGCGAGGAGCGCAUCAUAGUCUUCACCACCAACUACAAGGACCGCCUCGACCCGGCGCUGCUGCGGCCGGGACGCAUGGACAUGCAUGUCUACAUGGGCUACUGCGGCUGGGAGGCGUUCAAGACGCUGGCCCGGAACUAUCACCUCGUCGAUGACCACCCUCUGUUCCCGGAGAUACAGGAGCUGCUUGCGGUGGUGGAGGUGACGCCGGCCGAGGUGUCAGAGAUGCUGCUAAGGAGCGAGGAUGUCGAUGCUGCGCUAGGGGUGCUUAUGGAAUUCCUCCAAGGAAGGAGACACGCACCAGAUGAGGCAAAGCACAACCAUGACGAGGCACGGUAG